AUGGGAGGAGCGAAUGGCCACAUACCGGGCAUCAUGCUGCACGAUGUCGAAUCUUCAGCCAAUCUGAUGGCAGGUCGAUCGCCGUCGUUUUCCCUCGCAUCGCCGAUGACGCCCAAUGAUUCGAUAAGCCGCAAGUCCAUUGACGACGACAAUGACUCAGAUCUUGAGAUAAGCAGGGAAGAGCUCGCCCGUCAGGAAGAGGAGAACUCAGAAGACGAGUCUCGCCUGCUGCCCGGCCCCCAUGCCCAUAAUCAUGUCCGCCAACCUGGCGGCGAAUCCUCUGAAGAUGUGGAGAAAACGGAAGCCCAAAACAAGAAACUGCUCUUGCAAUGUCUACUGCUCGAAGCUGGAAUUCUCUUCCACUCCAUCUUCAUAGGUAUGGCGCUCUCGGUCGCCACUGGCACCGCCUUCAUCGUCUUCCUCAUAGCCAUCUCCUUCCACCAAACCUUCGAAGGCUUCGCGCUCGGCUCCAGAAUCAGCGCCAUUCGCUUUCCAGCCGGAUCGCCGAAACCGUGGCUAAUGGCUCUAGCUUACGGAACCACCACACCCAUUGGCCAGGCAAUAGGUUUGGCUAUACACACCCUGUACGACCCAGCAAGUGAAGCUGGCUUACUAACCGUGGGAUUCAUGAACGCCAUAUCCAGUGGCUUGUUGCUAUUCGCUGGCUUGGUGGAGCUCCUUGCUGAAGAUUUCUUGAGCGACGAAAGCUACGUGACGUUACAGGGGAAGCGGCGACUACAGGCCUGUGCCAGUGUCGUAGCAGGGGCGUUGCUAAUGGCACUAGUCGGCGCAUGGGCAUAG